AUGACGGAAAAGCUGGAAAAGACUCCCAUCGACGAUGUCGGCCAGGCGGACCAGACGCUUAAAGACAUUGGCGACGGUUUCAUCUCAGGCCAAGGCUUGACCCCAGAGGAGGACAAGAGAAUCCUCCGCAGAAUUGAUAUCCUUUUGCCCGUCAUGGCCAUGUCGUACCUCUUCCAGUUUCUCGACAAGUCCGCACUGAGCUACACCGCCAUCAUGGGUCUCAGAGACGACAUGGGCCUUUCCGGUUCCGAGUACUCCUGGGCGAGUAGUAUCUACUACUUUGGGUACCUCGUCGCUUCGUAUCCUGCCGGCGUCGCCAUGGUCCGCCUCCCCGUCGGCAAGAUGAUUGCCACUUCAGUUCUUGUCUGGGGCAUCAUCUUGAUGUUGACCGCCGUCUGCUUCAAUGCCGCUGGCUUGCUUGCAAACCGCAUUAUGCUCGGUGUCGCUGAAGCAGCCAUCGCCCCAGGUCUAUCCAUCGUCGUCUCCAUGUGGUACAAGCGCUCUGAGCAACCUCUGCGACAUGGAGCCUGGUUCCUUGGAAACACCAUCGCCGGCAUCUUUGGUGGAGUCGUGGCCUAUGCCAUUGGCCACAUUGAGAGCAUCGCUCCGUGGAAGGCCGUCUUCCUCAUUUUCGGAGGCAUCACCACCGCCUGGUCAUUCACGAUCUUCUUCCUCCUCCCCGAUACCCCCACUAAAGCCCGAUUCCUCAACGAGGCCGACCGCAUCAAGGCCAUUGAGCGCGUGGCGGAGAACAUGACCGGCAUCAAGAGCGACACUUUCAAGUGGAACCAGUGCAUCGAGGCCCUCACAGACAUCAAGGCCUGGCUGCUCUUCACAAUCCAAAUCAGCGCGCAGAUCGCCAACGGCGGUGUCCACGGGUUUGGGUCAAUCGUGAUCAAGGGUAUGGGCUUCAGCACGCUCAACACUCUGCUGGUGCAGAUGCUCGGGUCCGUGUUCCAGCUUGUCUUUGUGCUGAUGGCCACCGGAGGAAGCACCUACUUCAAAAACAGCCGGACAUACUGGAUGGCGUGGAACCUGGCUGUGUCGAUUGUGGGUGCGGCCAUGGUGAGGCAGAUCACGCCCGAGUUGAAGUGGGCGAGGUUCAUGGGGUACUGCUUGACGAUUGCGUACAGCGCCAACUUCCCGAUGAUCUUGUCGAUGUCUUCGGGCAACUUUGGCGGGUUCACUAAGAAGACCACUGUCAACGCCAUGAUCUUCAUUGCGUACUGCGCCGGAAACAUCAUCGGCCCUCAGCUCUUUUUCGAAUGGGAGGCUCCGUCAUACAGGUCUGGAUUUCUGGCCAUGUUGAUCUGCUACGGCAUCGGAGUUCUCACGUGCUUUGCGCUCCGGUACUACCUCAUCUGGGAGAACAAGCGCAGAGACAGCAUCGGAGAGGUUCUCGAUGUCGGGGUCGGGGACCAUGUCCCGCUGAACCUACUUGACAAGACGGAUAAGGAGAUUCCUCAGUUCAGAUAUGUGUAUUGA